AUGAGCUCCAAGUACAGGAUGAGCGGAGAGUCCUUCUCCUCUUUUGAGGGAGGUGACGGGAAGAGCCCAGGAUGCCGUGUCUCCAUAGUAACUGGAUUCAUUCUGCUCUUGCUGUCCCUGGCAAUUUCUGUCGGGGUGGGGAUAAUUGUACAUUUUGCAGGGUCCCGGGAGGUUGUGUGUCAGUGUGGGGGUGUGGUGACAACCCCAGCCCCUGUCACUAUGAGCCCGGAGGCGUUAAAAGCCUUGUGCAUUGGAAUUGUCCAAGAGGGCGAGGGGGAGGAGAUAUGUACGGCCUGCUCUGAGAGUCACGGCAACACCACCGCAUCAACCCCAUCCGUGUCCACACCAACACCGACGCCAACCACCGAAACACCAAGCAACUACCGUCUUCCAAUCACCGUUGUGCCAUACCUCUAUUCCGUUGAGCUUCAGCCUAAUAUCUACGGCACAAAUGACUCUUUGUUUGAUUUCAACGGGUCGGUAGCAAUACACACAAUAGCCCAGUCUGCCUCCGACUCUAUUGUCCUCCAUGCUCACCCAACGCUGGUGAUCGACACGGCGUCAGUGACGGUGCUCAAUGUCAACACAAGUGCCGGGAUCACCGUAGACGUGACGUACGAGGAACUGCGGCACUUCCUUACUCUCCAUCUUGGUGAAGUGAUGGAAGUUGGUCAUCACUACUGGAUCGGCAUCACCUUCAGUGGCCCCCUGACCCAAGAUGGAACGGGUCUUUACCUGAGCUUCUACGAGGAAAACAAUGAAAAAAUUUACCUGGCAACAACCCAGUUCCAAGCGCCACACGCGAGGAAGGCGUUCCCGUGUUUUGACGAACCUGCGCUAAAGGCCCAGUUUGACAUCACCCUGGUAGUGAAGGAAGAUACCGGCAGAAACUACACUGCCUUGUCUAACAACAAGCUGAAGAACACGGAACCGACAGGGGUUCCAGGAAUGACGAGACACAUGUACGAGAGAACUGUUACCAUGUCAACAUACCUUCUGGCAUUUAUAGUGUGUGACUACGAGUAUGUGGAGGACCUUGCCAGUAACGUCACGUACCGGACUUGGGCGUGGACUGAGAGGCUCGAGUUUACCGCCACAGCACAGGAGCACGGCGUCCGGAUCUUCAACAGAUACGCCGAGUACUUUACUCCUCCAUACGUGUACGACAAGCUAGACAAUAUCGCCAUCCCCGACUUCAACGCUGGAGCCAUGGAGAACUGGGGUCUCAUCACUUACAGGGAGACUCUGCUGUAUGAACCCGGGGUCUCCUCAGCCUCCGAUGAGAACUGGAUCGGCAUCGUCGUAUCACACGAAGUAGCUCAUAUGUGGUUCGGCAACCUGGUGUCUCCUAAAUGGUGGAACUGGCUCUGGCUGAAUGAAGCCUUCGCCUCGUUCUGGGAUUAUCACAUCGUCGGAGAGUUAAACCCAACGUGGAGAUCGCUGGAUCUAUUUGUCUCUGGGGACAUGCACGGCGUCAUGGGGCCAGAUGCUUUGCGGUCAUCGCAUCCACUUACCACCGACGUCAUGUCUCCUGGUGAGAUCAGCGCGACAUUUGACGCAGUGACGUAUUCUAAGCGCUACCUGGCGACGCAUGCGUACGGGAACACGGACCAGUGGGACCUUUGGGACGCACUGACGGAGGAAGCAAGUGCUAAUUCCAUUAUGUUCAACAUGACUGAAAUCAUGGAUCCCUGGGUAACUCAGAUGAACUACCCUGUCGUCAACGUUGCCGUGGAAACAGGGAAGAUAACUCUCACUCAACAACGGUUUCUUGUUUCGGGAGCAGAAAACGCCUCUCAGGACACAGGAGCCUACGGGUACAAAUGGACCAUCCCUAUCACGUACACCUCGAGUGUGGAUCCCCAGUUUGACACAGUCUACAACUAUACCAAUCUACAUUACAUGAAGUACAACGAAGACUCACUCGUCGUCGAUCUAAAUGUGGCCUUGCCGGCUGAUGGUUGGGUCAUUGUCAACCUGAAAGAGUGUGGCUACUUCCGGGUCAACUAUGACGUCAACACGUGGAACAACAUCAUCAACGUCCUUUCCAACGGUAGCCACGAGCUAAUUCACCCAAUCAACAGAGCUCAGAUCAUCAACGAUGCUUGGAAUCUUGCAAAGGCUGGGCUACUGGACCAGGCCAUUGCCCUCAGAACUGUCAACUACCUGAGCAAAGACCUGGAUUACGUCCCUUGGAGAGCUUUCAUCCGGGAACUUGGCUACGUGGAGUCAAUGUUGGAACGGACUUCAUUGUAUGGCAUAUUCCAGGUCUUCAUGCGGAACACUGCGAGUACUCCAUUCGCCCAAAUAGGAACAAACAUCACGGAAGCUAUGGUGCCUGUAGAGGUAUUCACCGUCUCCCAAAUGGCGUCCCUGGCAUGUAGACACGAGCUUCCUGGGUGUGUCCAGUUUGCCCAGGAGCAGUUCGAGCAAUGGAUGGGGAACCCAGAGAACAACUUGAUCCACCCAGACCUACAGAGCACUGUGUACUGCACGGCAGUCCGCCAUGGCGGUCACGGGGAGUGGGAGUUUGCCUACACACAGCUCCAGGCAGCAGAGUCCAGCUCUGAAAAGUCGCGACUGAGAGGAGCUUUGGCAUGCAGUCGGGAGCCAGGACAGUUACAGAGGUAG